AUGUCGUUAGGAAAUUCUGAAAUUAAGACCUACUUCGGUAGGUGUAGAUGCUGCCUCAACUAUGGUUACUUGAAAAAUAUGUGGGAAGAACACAGUUGGCAAGGAGAAAAGGAAGUUUAUGUUGAGAUGCUUAUCCAAUGUUUUGCUCUAACCUGGGAGCAUUCUGAUGAGUCUAUGGAUCAUGACCAAAUAUGUGAGACAUGUAUCACACGACUCCGUGAGGCUGACAGCUUUAAGAAGACUAUUUUGCAGUCACAAGAAACACUUCUGGAUCAUGUUGAUGAAGAACCCGAGCUGCCAGUUAAAAUAGAGAGGCUGGACUAUUCAGUUGAAGAAUAUUCAGAAAGCGAGGCUAGAGCUACCACCAGCAAUUACAUAGAUGAUCCAGAUGAUCCUGACUAUGUCGAUCCUGAUGAUAAUAAUGACCAUAAUAAUUCAAAUGAAAUGGAUUAUGAAGAAGUAGAGUAUUUAGAAAUAGAAGAUAACAAGGAAGCUCUUGCUGGCCAACAAAAAAUGCAAACCAAGGACACAGAAGAACGUCGUAACAAAAAACCAUCUGUAAUUGAGCCAACGAGAAAGUGGCCCAAAAAAUUGCCAAAAUCUGAACGUUACAAAACGUACAAACAAUAUACAGAGGAAGAUUUACGGAAAUGUCUCGAAGCGGUGCGGAAAGAGGAGUUGACACCACAGGAAGCUUCGGAGAUAUACAACAUUCCAAAAAAGACGAUAUGCUCAAAAGUCAAAGUUGAUCCUAACGAUGUGCAACCUCAUCCGUCAAAUUCACACAUCACAGAGAGAAAGACAAGGACAAAAGAUUCGAACAAUACCUCUGCAACAACAAAGCGAGGUCACCUAAGGUUACACAAUAAGAGCAAACAGCAAGAAAUAGAUACCGUAAUACGUAAAAGCCGUCAGCGAUCAAACGAUGCAAACGAAGAAUUUAUAAAAUCACAACAAGAGUUAGAAAACCAAGCAAUAAUGGCUGGCAAUCGUUACAAUUUGUUACUAAUAUUGGAUCAUUCAAACGCUACCAUGAUUAAAAGCAACUCCUUCAGUAAUUUUGGUUGCCAUUACUGCAACGAAGUCUUUAUUAAACCAGAAGACCUCAAGAGCCAUACUCUAUGCCACGACCACAAUGAUAUCGUGAAACACGCGUUCAAUCCAAAAUACUUCGGCAAUUUAAUCAUAAAACUCGAUAUAACAAACUUACAGUGCUAUUUAUGCACUAAAAUCACCAAAUUCUAUACCAUAGAUUCGUUUUAUGACCAUUUAAAAAUAAUUCAUGAAAAAAAUGCUAACUUAGAUGUCAAUAAUCAUAUUGUUCCAUUUAUAUUUGGGAGAGAAUGGUAUAACUGUGUGAUUUGCUCCAAAGAAUUCAGCAGUUUCAAAUUAUUAUCCGACCAUAUGUGCGAACAUAACAGAAAUUAUACGUGCGAUGUAUGCGGAAAACCUUUUAUAAACAAACAGGCACUCCAAACACAUAACUAUAGGCAUCAAGCGGGCGAAUAUCAUUGUUCAAAAUGUCCGAAAGUUUUCGACUCAAGACCAAAACGAAACGACCACGAGAGACGUCACUUACGAACUAAUAAAAAAUGGCGGAAGUGCAAAUACUGCGACGAAAGAUUUCUAUCAAAACUGACAGCUGUCACGCACGAAACUCGGGUUCAUGGCGCGAAAAAGCCCUCGUAUCAGUGCAAAGCUUGUGACAAAGCAUACCACAGUCAACGAAGUCUAGUGCAGCACCAACAGCGCGUUCAUUUAUUAAUAAGGUCGUAUAUUUGCGAAUUUUGCGAAAAAGCGUUCUAUUCUAAAAUUGAACUGACUUGGCAUAUCGCAAUUCAUAUGCAAAUAAAAAAUAUACAGUGCAAAUUAUGCGGCAGCAAGUUUCGUACAAAAGCAGGAUUAAGGCAGCACAUGUUGGCUCAUGUAGGAGACAGAAAACAUAAAUAUGACCAGAAAGGCAAUACUACAACGGAUAAAACCAAACUGGAACCGAUUAAAACAAUAUCGAGGAAAAAACCCACAGUAUUUCGCACAGACAUUACAAAAAAUAAAGUUAUAAAGAAAAUUAAAAGAACAAAAGUUAAAACUGAGGACUGUAAACUAAAAAAUGAUGAUAAAGAAAGAGAUAUGACAGAGAUAGUGAUGAACAUUAAAAACGAAGAAAGCGAUAUAAUUGAUAUUCCUAUUAAUGCAGAUGAAGUUAGAACUAAAUACAAAGCUUUAGUUGACGCAGAAUUUAAGAAGGAAAGCAAAGAGUCCGAGAAAAAUGAUGUAAACGAAAUGAAUAAACACAAAGACAAUAUUAGAAAUAUUCUAGAAUGCUCCAACGCUACUAUGGUCAAAGGCUUUUGGGGAAAUGGUUAUAUGUGCUGUUUUUGUAACGUCCAGAAAGAAAUUCCAUCAGAAUUAAAAGCACAUAAUCUUGAAGCGCAUGAUAAUUUGGGAGAUAACGUCAUAAAAGUUAAAUAUGUGUCAGAUUUGGUCAUACGUUUAGACAUUACUAAUCUCAAAUGUAAAUUAUGUGAACAUAAUAUAGACAGCUUAGACCUUCUAACGGAACACCUAAUCAAAGAACACGAUAAAAUUAUCCAUAGAGAUAUAAAAAAUCAUAUAAUCCCAUUUAAAUUUGAAACUAACACAUUACAAUGUGUUAAGUAUGGACAAUGGAAAAACACUGAGGGGACAGCUGAAAGACGGACAGGUUCCCGAAAAGUUUUAAACAGAGAAAUUAUAUUUAAAUUCAAGGAUAACGUUAGAAAUAUUCUAGAAAAUUCUAACGCCACACCCGUGAAAGGCCACUGGGGUAUUGGUUAUGGAUGUUCCUAUUGUCCAUACCAGAAUCCCUCAGCUCUAGAACUUAAAAUGCAUACUCUGAAUACACAUCCAGACGUUAUAGAAGUUCUUAAAGUUAAAAACUAUGUUGAUCUCAUUAUAAAAUUAGACAUUACUGGACUCCAAUGCAACGUUUGCUUUGAAAAUUUUGCAUCUCUGGACAAGUUUACGGAUCAUUUAUCUCUGAUCCAUGACAAAGAAAUGUAUACCGACACAAUGAAACAUAUAAUACCUUUUAAAUUCGACACGGAGUAUCUGCAGUGCAUAGUAUGUUGUAAACAGUUCGAUUAUUUCAAACAUCUAAGUGAACAUAUGAAUGAACAUUACAGAAACUAUUCAUGCGAUAUUUGUGGCCGGGGAUUUAUUAACAAAAGAGCUCUGAAAACUCACCUGAUCCGCCAUAAAAAGGGCGUGUUUAUUUGUUCUUAUUGUUCCAAAGUCUUCGACACUAGGAUCAAGAUGAGGGAACAUGAAAGAGUUCUUCACAUCAGAGCGUCUAAGACUCGUAAAUGUGGAUAUUGUGACGAGAAAUUUAUGGAUCCUGUUCGAAAGACUUGCCACGAGGUGUCAGUACACGGAGCACCGACACCAUCUUUUGAAUGUAAAGCAUGUGGGAAGAAAUAUGAUAGUCAGAGAGCUUUGAAGUCACAUACGAACCAGUAUCAUUUGAUGCUCAAACUACACACCUGUUCUGAUUGUGGAAAGGGUUUUUAUUAUAAAAAUGAGUUGAAGAGACACGAGGUAAAGCAUACUGGGUUGAGGGAGUUCCAGUGUGACGUUUGCCGCAAGUGGUACGGUACGAGAAAGUCACUCACAGUCCACAUGAAGAUCCAUCAGAAAGAGAAGCAGUAUAACUGCGAUGUAUGCGGCCAGGGGUUUGUGCAGAAGUAUUUUUGGAUGCAGCAUAUGAGGAAUAAACAUGUAGAAACAAGUACUGAAGUAAACUGA